AUGUAUCAAUGUAUAAUACCACCACGAAUAUUUCUUGCUGUUGGCGUUGGCCUUCUUAUCGUUAGUCUUGUACUUGGUUGGAUAUCAUUUUCAGUACCGGAUUGGUUACAGUUUCAUGAACGUAUUAGUUCAAAAAAUCUUACGACGAUAGAAAAUAAUUUGGAUGAUGAUACUCGAAUUGAAUUUAAAAAAUUUGGUCUUUGGUAUAAAUGUACUUUUUCAACGGAAACAAAUGAUUUUCUUUGUUUACUAUGGAAUAAAGAUGCACCAAGUUUUGUUCGAGUUGCUCAAGUACUUAUACCAUUUGGUUUAUCAUUAGGAUGUCUUUCACUGUUAGCGGCUGUUAUUGGUUUUAUGUCGAGAAGGACUUUUGUAACUGCUGUAUUGUUUUCAGCAUUAUUUGCUUUCUUAAGUUUUAUAUUUACAACAAUUGGUAUGACUGUAUUUGCAACAGAAUCAAUAGUUUAUGUUGAACGUUUACGUUUAAAUAAUAAUGAUAACCCUCGCCGUUGGGGCAUGUGGCUAAUUACUCCGAAUAUUGUUUUAUCCUUUCUUGCUUCUCUUUGUUUUAUUUUUGCUUCAAUAUUUAAUUGGUGUGAUUAUCGUAGUAUGCAAGUUACAGGAAUUCUUAGUCAUUCAGUGGAUAAAUAUGCUGGAAGUGUUUUUAAAGCACCAUCUGAAAGUAACAUGACAUCAGGAUUAAAAAAGCAACAACAACAGUAUCUUCAUCCACAACAUUUACCUGGUCAUGAUUAUCCAAAUACUUGUUAUCAAAUAAAUGGUACAAAUAAUAAUAAUAAUCAAAAUCCAUUAGGUUAUCCUCCACCACCAAGUUACGGUGCUCCAAUACAACAAAAUGGAAGUAAUGGUGCAUAUAAUCCAACAUUUCAAAAUUCUGCAGGAUUAUUUGCAUAUUCAAGACCAUCAAGUCCAAUAUAUCCACAUUCAAAUUCUGAUCCUUAUCAUCAUCGACAUUUAAUGACUGAAAGUUCUGAAAUGGAUGAAUUACCUCAUAUGAGUCGUUCACGUCGUCGUUCUCGUCAUCGUUCAAGUUAUCGAUCAAGAUCUCAUAGUCCACGCGAUAAUACAUCUGGUAAAAUUAAUGCCCAAGAACAUAAUAAUACAAAGCAACCUCAAUUUAUUCCAAUACCUGUUCCUUAUUAUCAACCUCAAAUGCAAGCACCAACUCAACAAUCAACACAACCAAUAAUACAAACACCUCAUACACCAUCAAACAAUCCAAGUAACAAUAAUAAUAAUAAUAACAAUACCAAUAAACAACCAAUGACGUAUGUUAUUCAACAACCAUUAAAACAACAAUUUGUUGAAGAAAUCAUUCAAUCAGCACCAAAAGCAACUAAUAUGUUAACAUAUGGUUCUGGACAACCAUCACUAGUAGUUUCAAAUCCAACUCAACCUGUGUAUACAAUUGCUUAUCGUGCAAAUAAUGGUGGCAGUGUACUAUCAAAUAUAUUAACCGGACCAGCAGCAAGUACAUAUGUUACAGCAACAAGAAAUCAAUUUGCAGCAAAUCAUUCACCACCAUGUGAUUCUGAUAAUAGUGUUAAAGACUAUCGAGUUUUGCCAAGACGACAUCAUUCCAAAAAGCUUAAUACUAAUGAAGCAUGGACAUGGCGUAAACUGUGA